AUGCUGGUAUCUCAAAGCAACAAUCAUCUUAUCUUCAUAUUACUCUGGUAUUCCUUCACCAUAUGUCAUCAACAGGCAGAAGCUUGCAGUAUGCAAGAUCAACAAUCACUUAUCACCUUUUCUGAAUCAAUAACCUCUUCUCUGAAUCCACUGAAUUGGAGUUCAUCAUCUGAUUGUUGCUUCUGGGAAGGAAUUGGGUGUGAUGAUAACGACAGAGUCACGCGUUUGUGGAUACCCAGUAGAGGAUUAACAGGAAACAUACCCUCUUCACUUGGAAACCUUACAAGUCUUACUCACCUUAACAUCUCUCAUAAUUUACUUUCUGGGUUUCUCCCUACAGGAAUUUUCAGUUCAUUGAGUAGCCUUGAAAUCAUUGAUAUAAGCUCAAACCGUUUGAAAGGUAAUCUAUCAGCUUCUGUUGUUUCUUUGGGAUCAAAUUUGACGAACUUCAAUGCCAGCAACAAUGGUUUUACUGGUCAUAUUCCUUCAUUCAUAUGUACCACUUCUCCUUUGCUUAAAUCUCUCGACUUUUCCCGCAACAUUUUUGAUGGAGAAAUUCCUGUUGGCUUAGGGAGAUGCUCUAACCUUGAAGUUUUCCAAGCAGAUUGCAAUAAUCUGUAUGGAUUACUUCCUGCUGAUAUUUACAGCUUGCGUUCACUGGUUGCAAUAUCAGUGGCUGCAAACGGUAUAAGUGGAACUAUAGCAGAAGACAUACUUAACCUUACCAACCUCAGGAUCAUUGAGUUGAACGGGAAUUUCUUUUCUGGAAAAAUCCCUCAGAAUAUAGGGAAGCUCCCUAACUUGGAGCAAUUGCAUCUUCAGAUAAAUAAUUUCAGUGGUUCGUUACCAGAAUCCCUGAUGAACUGUACAAAACUCGAAAAGCUUACUAUACGAGGAAACAAUCUACAAGGUAACAUCUCUAGAUUUGAUUUCUCAAGACUUGUCAAGCUUCAAAUACUUGACCUUGGUAACAAUCACUUUACAGGAAAUUUACCACAGAGCUUAUUCUCAUGUAAGUCAUUAACUGCAUUAGGUGUAGCCAGCAACAGGUUAAAAGGUGAAAUUUCUCCCAAUAUAGCAGAGUUAAAAUCACUUUCUUUCCUCUGUGUUUCUGGCAACAACUUCAUCAACGUGUUAGAUACACUCAGAAUAUUGGCAGGUUGUAAAAAACUUGAAACCUUAAUCCUUUCAAAUAACUUCUAUGGUGAAACUUUACCUGCUGAAAGGAGUUUCAUAGGACCAAGUGGAUACAGCAAUCUGCAAGUUCUUGCUCUUGGAGGAUGCAACUUCAGUGGGCGAUUUCCCGAAUGGCUGUUUCAUGUCAAGAGUUUAAGAGUUCUGGACCUGUCAUAUAACAAAAUAACAGGCAGAAUUCCAGAUUGGUUUGGCACUUUACCAACCCUUUUCUACUUGGAUUUGUCAAUGAAUCUUCUUUCAGGAGAAUUUGUGGUGAAAUAUAACAAUUUUCCAGCAUUAAUAUCAGAAGGGUCACCUCACAGAUUGAACCAAAGUUACCUCAAACUCCCAGUUUUUGUGGCAACCAACAACGCUCCAAGACAACAAUACAACGAGCUUGCUGACCUGCCUCCAGCAAUAUACCUCAACGGAAACCACCUCAGUGGUAAUAUCCCAGUUGAGAUAAGUCGAUUACAGAAUCUACAAAACCUUGAUCUGAGUCAAAACAACUUCUCAGGCAACAUCCCAUCAGAACUUUGGAACCUCAGAAACCUGGAAGUUCUAGAACUUUCCAAGAACAAUUUGAGCGGGAGAAUUCCAGCUUCAUUGCAAAGCUUAAAUUUCUUAGCUAAGUUCAAUGUUUCUUACAACAACCUUGAGGGACCAAUACCAACAGGAGGUCAGUUUUCUUUCGCAGAAUGUAGCUACGCGGGGAAUCCAAGGCUAUGUGGUGGAAUCCUGAUACAUCAUCCUUGUUCAGCUCAAUCAGUUCCAGUAGCACGCCAUCAGGAUACACCCGAUAUGAACCACAAGAAUUUUUUCAAUUCUUUUCCUGAAGGAUUGAUAGUUGGUUUCUCCACAGUUUUUCCGUCUGUACUUGCAAUUCAAGCAUACCGCCAUCGGAGGAUACUUUUUUACACAAAUGGGCAAUGA